ACAAUCCUCGAUGUCGGUACAGGGACUGGUAGAUGGGCUGUUGAUAUGGCUCGACGCUAUCCUCAUGCACGUGUCUAUGGUAUUGAUCUCAGACAAGUCGAUAUUGAUCCUGCUACAGCUGCUCAAGGUUGUCUACCACUUCCGAGUAAUGUCGUGUUUGAGACGGUGAAUGUCAUGGAAGGGUUUCCCUUCAAUACGGGGACUUUUGAUUUCGUACACUCACGACUUCUUGUGGGUGGUAUCACGAAUUGGGAGACUUACCUAGCGAAUCUCUUUCGCAUUACUCGGCGAGCAGGGAAAGUCGAGUGUAUCGAGGUGGAAUUAUUGCCUAUUUCUAGAAAUGGCAAGCAUCCACGGGCCAUUGAAGCAUGGACGGCACUGAGUUCAACACUGUUGCGCAAAAGACAACUAGAUCCACAGUGUGCGACUGCCUUGAAGGAUCGCAUGAUGCAGGCUGGAUUUGAGUCUGUGGCAGAAGAAAUCCUAGAAGUGCCAGUA